GUGAGAGAUGAGGCAGUGCCCCGGGGAGACACUGCAGCAGGGUAUCCUGAUUUAGAAUGAUGAUGAAUUGCAAUUUAUCCCGCUUGUCUUUAUCUUAAACACUACUUCGGCUGCUCAUCGUCAAGUGUCGGGAGUUCGUCCCGCGCCAAUACCUACUACUACUACUCUAUCCCACCCCUGCUUUUGUGUUCCAGCCUGACAAAAGACGCUCGUUUUCCUUGAAGUUCUUGUCUUCUUGGCAUUUCCCAGCUUUUUUGCAAGCGUCCAGGGCGAAGAAGCUCUUUCAACAUCAUGACAUCUCGGCAUCGGUCUCCUUCCGCUCAGGAGUCUUCAACAGAGUCGGUGUCUGCCGUCUCUACUCCCGCGACUUCGGUGUCUGAUCAGCUCACGAGGUCUCCGGUAGUGGGAUUCCAGCCGCUAGUUUUCCCUGAAUCACCACAGCCCGUGGCGUAUGACCGGAGCGCAUACAUCCCAGUGGGUGUUCUGAGAAGGCACAACGGCCAAAGCACAACUUUGGUGGCGGCAGAGGACCGGGGGGACAACUAUCCCCAGAAUGAGGUCUCCUAUCUAGAGGACAAUCAAUGGAUAUGGACCAGCAUCUAUGACUAUCACAGAUUUCCUGACUGGAGUUUUGUUCGUGUAUACAUUUUACCCGAUGACAGAGGGCGCAGCGAAAUUCCACGAUCAAGCCCGUCUCUAAGGCGCGCGCUUAAGAUCGUCAUGGCUAGAAUCGACCCGGGGCCUGCCGCCUGGGCCGGCUACGUGCCUCCAGACUGGAUCCAGAAUCCGAAUCGGAAUCAACAUGUCAGUGAAAACUCACAAGAUGAGUCAUUGUGGUAUAUCUUCAAUACCCUUAAGAACCCGGAGCCCAAGGUUGAGAACAUGGAAAAUCCAUAUGCGAAGAGCGCCAUGGAGUCAUUGCUGUCCGCUACUGUUCCUAGAAACCGUGGUGAAAACGGAACAACAACAAACGCCGUCCCUGCUCUCAUGGGCCUCAAGACGUCGUUGCACCUAUACCAGCGCCGUUCAGCUGCCACCAUGGUUCAGCGAGAGGCGCAACCGGCGCAGAUGUUGGAUCCAAGGCUGCUGACAUAUACCACUCCAACAGGGCUAGAGUACUACUACGACAAGGAAGAAGGCACUAUCGUUCGCGAGAAAAGGUUGUACUCAGAGGCUUGUGGUGGCAUUCUUGCAGAAACCAUGGGCUGCGGAAAGACUUUGAUCUGUUUGGCUGUCAUCCUGGCGACACGUGGACAUUUCCCUCAAAUCCCCUUGGAGUAUCAGGAGAUGACGAACCCUGUCCGUGAGAAAACAGCAAGUCUGGCCCAAAUGGCAGCCGCAACUGCAGGUCGGUUCUCGCUGCCGUGGAAAAACCAAUUCACGUCGUUGGGCCAGGAAGGCUCGUUUUACACUACAUGCAUCAAGGCUUGCGAAGAAAACUGCGGAGAAUACACCAUCCCACCGCCGCCGGCAAGACACAACAGCAGAAAUGGAGUGCCCUACCCCAGACCUUCCCCCUUGCGUCUCCGCUUAUGCUCAGCAACCCUGAUAAUUGUGCCCCCUAAUCUUGUGAAUCACUGGUUGAAUGAAAUUCAGCGUCACACCGAAGGGCUCAAGGUAUGCGUUUUACGCGACAGCUCCGAUGCGACCCCUUCCCCCGAGGUUCUUCUACAGCAGGACAUUGUUUUGUUUUCGCGAAUUCGCUUUGAAAGAGAAGCGGGCGACGCGCUACAUAUCAGACGUCAAUCAGGAAACCUCGAAGACUCCCCCCUGACCCGAGUCCACUGGCUUCGGAUCAUUGUCGACGAAGGUCACAAUGUGGCUGGCCACGGACACCGUACCAACAUGGUGCAUAUGAUUGAUAAACUUCACGUCGACCGCCGGUGGAUUGUGUCGGGAACACCGUCUAGCGGAUUGUACGGGGUGGAGGUUAGCCUGGCUUCGCAGGAAACGAACACCAGUGACACAGACGUAACCGAGGCCACCACAGCCGUGCUUGACGGGAGGAGAAGAACGGGAAAUUCCGUCGAUAGCGAGCUCAAGGAUCUUGACAAGCUCAAACUCAUCGUCACGCAGUUUCUUGAUGUCAAACCAUGGUCGAAUUCCCGCGCCAACGAUCCGGCCAACUGGACCAAAUACAUCAAGCCCGUUGGCGAGGAUGGGAGGCGCCGGAAGGCACCCUCGCUUCGUGCCACCCUGCAGGGGCUGGUGGUACGGCAUCGGAUGGAGACGAUCCAUAACCAAAUCACUUUGCCGCGGUUACACAACAAGGUCGUACAUCUCGAACCAACCUUCUACGACAAGCUGAAUUUGAACCUGUUCAUUUUCAUCUUAGCGGUCAAUGCGAUUACGUCGGAACGUAAAGACCAGGACUACAUGUUUCAUCCUCGCAAUCGAAAGCAUCUGACCACGCUGAUCAGCAAUCUUCGACAGGCUGGCUUCUGGUGGGCAGGCUCCGACGGAAAUCUCUCCGGGACCAUCGACACCGCCCAGAAGUACCUGGAGAAGAACCGAGAGCAGAUGGCCGAGGUCGACAUAGCUUUGUUGACAGAUGGGGUCCGCAUUGCCCAGAAAGCACUUGCCUGCGAGAGCUGGAACGCCUUCAAUGAGUUCCACGAACUAGGAGUCUUCCUCCAGGAUUUCCCUUCGCACGCUCGAAGCCUGUGGGCGCUGACCGAAUCUCGAUCGCAUCUGGAGCCGCUUCUCGUCGGGAUUACUCAGGCCCACCACGCCCAGAGAUUCAUCACCGCACAUUUGGACUCCUUCGAUCCCGCCGAGGGCCUCGCUGGCGCCGGGAUUAAAGUUCGCCAUCAGCUCCAAAAGCGAAAGGAGCAGGGCUCGGAGCUUGCCAGUCCCCACAAGUUUACCCCCGAUAAGCCCAUCACCACCCGGUCGCCCAAGAAGACUUACCUUAAAGGGCUCUUUAAAACCCUGCCGACGGAAUCUCCGCUUGCGAAGACCAAGCUGGUCGCAACGGCCUCCGCCAAGCUGACAUAUCUGCUCGAGCGGGUCCUCCAUCUACACAAGGAAGAGAAGAUCAUUAUUUUCUACGACAACAACAACUCGGCAUUCUGGAUCGCCGAAGGACUCGAGCUCCUCGGAGUCGAGUUCCGUAUUUACGCCAGCACUCUGAAACCCGCUCAGCGGGCCGAAUACCUCGCCACGUUCGAAGGAACCGAGGACAUCCGAGUGCUUCUGAUGGAUCUGGGACAGGCGUCUCACGGGCUGCACAUCGCCAGCGCCUCGCGCGUGUUCAUCAUCAACCCCAUCUGGCAGCCCAACGUGGAAAGCCAAGCCAUCAAGCGAGCCCACCGUAUCGGGCAAACCCGCCCCGUGUUCGUCGAAACCCUCGUCCUGAAAGACACCCUCGAGGACAAGAUCCUGCGCCGCCGAAAAGCCAUGUCGGACAGCGAGAUCCAGCAUGCCGAGCGCGACCUGCUGGACGAUAAAAAAAUGAGCGCCAUCAUCCAGAACGAGCACUUCAUCCCGAUGCCCGAAGACGAAGACCCUGCGUCCGCGCACCUGGCGUUCUUCAAAACCCCCUCCGGGUUCUUUGACCGCCAUAAACUGUCUAUCCCUGAUGACGGAGACGACAACAGCAACAUCAAGACCCCAGAGGUCCGCAAAACCCCAUCCAAGCGUAAAAGGGCUGCCCCGGCCGCUCUCGACUUCGGUGCCGAAAGCUCCUCGGGACCAGACCUCUUGACUCCCCAGCGACGCAGGUCAUCCGCGGAGCCGGUCCUCUCUCCGAACGGACUCCUGAUGACCCCGUCGCGACUGCGCACGAAAUCACCCUGGUCCUCGCCGUCGGUGAUCAGCUCAACGGACGACCAUGGCGGUAGUACCGAGGACACUGCUGAAUCGAGCCAAGGGCCGAAGAAAAAGAAGAAGAAGACGGUAUCUAUUUUCGGGUAAGAUUUCUUAAUGUCAAUUUUCGGGGUGUACACCAUUUGUUUCGGGGUGGGAUGAUAUAUGGAAUGGAUGAGUGAUUGUCAAAUGUUCACACUGGAUAUUCUGAAUAUUUGUGAGUAAUUAAGAUGGAGGCGAACUUGGAGCGGAAGUCACAGAUUAAAGAGAUUUCGAUUUCGGGAUUAUGUACGCAGUCAAUACAAGGGGUUAAAAGCAGAUCGAAG